CAUUGCUGCAGUUUUCACUUAUUGAGAUAAUGAAGGGACUUACUGAGGAAGAUAUUUUGAAGUUGCUUCAUGCAUCAGACUUAGAAGUAAGUGAUGAAGACGAUUCAGAAAAUUUGUUUGUGCCAGAAAAUAUUGAUGCAUCAAGUUCUGAUUCUGAUGAAAUACCAGUUCAGACUGCAUCAGAAUCGUCAAGGAAUAAUAAUCAACUCAAAGCAGACACUCUCAGUUCUGCACAAGUUCUAAAGAAGAAAAACCUAUCAGGCAGAAAAUAUCUGCAGAAGAAGAAAUUAUUUAAAGAUCCAUUUCGUUCUUCUCUCCAGUAUUUUACCACAUAUUUUACAGAUGAAUUCUUUAAGACUGCUGAAGAACAUACAAGUCAGUAUACUGUGUGGAAGCAUGAAAAAAGCACUAAAACAGAUGGAACAGAACUUAAGAAAUUGAUGGCUGUCAACCUGAUUAUGGGUUGCAUCAAACUUCCUCGACUGAGAUUAUACUGGAGCACUGAAUUUGGCUAUACUCAAGUUUUGAGAAUCAUGUCAGGAGGCAGGUUUGUGGCACUCAGAAAUGCUUUUCACAUGGUUGAUGCUUCCUGUGCCCCAGGUAAUAAUAAUAAAGUGUGGAAAGUACAGCCAGUUCUUGAUGCAGUAAGAAAUGUGUGUCUGAGUCUUCCAUGGGAUCAUGUUACUUAUUCAGCUGAUGAACAAAUGAAACAAUUUACGGGUCACUGCCCACUGAGGCAGUUUGUAAAAAGUAAACCUCGACCAGUUGGAUUAAAGAAUUUUGUUCUUACUACAUCAGCUGGCAUUUUAUUAGACUUUGAAAUAUAUCAAGGUGAUUCAACUCCUCUACAGACUAAGGAGUUUGGAUUAGGCCCUUCUGUGAUGUUAAGAUUGGCACAAACUUCACCUCAAGAAAAGCCUGGUUCAGAAGUAUGA